UUGCCCCUCCUCGACGGUGGUUGCCCAAGCGAGGAUGCUCCCGACGCUGCCGGGUGCUCUCUUCAGCUCGGCAGGUGGUUUUGGCAUACGCGAGGGCUUGCAAAACCGAGUGCAUGUGAGGUCAGGGCGAUGCCUGGCCAGGAUAGGGAGAAACCAGCCUUGCCGGAAGGCUUUGACCGCCGUUGCCUCAGCCGGUGUCGUCAGCACGUGAUGAAGCAAACGCUGGCCGUGCUCCAGGCUUCCUCCUCGUAGAGGACCUUUUCCUACGAAUCCAAAGUGAAACCAACUUGAGGUGGGAGGGCACCUCGCCUACAAGGACUUUAUUUUCUCACCCAUCUCAAGGGUUUGAUGCACAAGAGCGAUUUCUCUGGGGUUACCGGCAACAGCGGAGCCCAAAUCCCCAUCUUCUACGUCCCCACCUUGUACCAAGUCCAUCUUGUCCUUUGGUUUCGUCCUGCCUGGGGCGUUUGUCUGGUUGUGCUUCUCCAGUGGAUGCUGCUGUGGACCAGACCUCCUGGUAACACACGUUUGCUCUGGCUGUGUGGCGGGCAGGGCAGGCACCGGGUUUCUCUCCACCUUACUCACAUGGAUGACUUUAUGUUGGCUUGGUGGAAAGGGCAGGAGAAUCGGUGCUGUCUUAUCCCAGUCCGGCGCUGGGUCUGGGCUUGUAGCCGUCUGCAACACCUCAUGAGUUAAAUCUUGCCCUUUGUGUCCCAAACACAGUCUUUCUUUUCACUUCCCUCGUUUGUUACUUUUGCCUCAUCCUGGUUUUCCAUUUCCCCGUCUCCAAGGUCGCAGGCUGACCUUGCCAACCCCAUCCUGGUGACCAGACAGCAUCAGACCUUGCUGGCUGCAGCGGUAACCUCCCUGCGUGGACCUUCCUCGUCCUGCGUGCAACCUCUGUCCGGCAGGUGUGGAUGGGUGGGAGAUGAUGGGUUGAUGGUUGGGAGAUGGUGGAUUGAUGGAUGAGUGGGAGAUGGAUGGAUGGGAGAUGAUGGGCUGAUGGAUGCGCGAGAGGUCCUGCGUUGAUGGAUGCAUAGGAAAUUAUGGAUGGAUGGAGGACUUGGGAAGCUCUGAGCAUCCAGUAGGGAAAGCAGGAGCAGAAGGAGAUCUCAAAGUCCCCUUGGGGUUUGUUUCUUUCAAGAAAGGUUCUUGUCAAAGGGCUGUGCCUGCAGAGGGAGCUUGUGGAGAAGGAUUCCGGGACCAGCAUGGGCUGCUUUCAGGAGGUGUGAGCUGCUGGGGAGAACGGCUGCGCCUCGGGGCAAAGUCUCAUGGCGAGGAGGAGCACUGGUGUUGGCAGAUGGUCCCCAGCCAGGGCGGGUAGUGCUGUGCAGAGGGAUGUUCAGUGCUGUGAGGUCCGUGGAACUGAGGUUUCUGGUGUCAGAGGCUUCAUCUUCCCCAACUUGGACACAUGCUAGAUGUUAGGGUGUCCUGGAGCAUCUUUCUCCCCAGUUUUCCCCCUGACCUUGACACCAGGGACGCGCGGUGGCUCUCUGAAAGCUGCAAGACAGGGGCACAAACUCGUCUUGGAGCCACACAGCUGCAAGGAGCAGACAACGGGACAUCCAGCCGCGUUUUGGCCAUCAGCAGGGAAUCGUGGCUCCUCUCUUCCCUUUGCGAGCCAGGCUGGUGCACCGCCGAGCCUUCCCUGAGCUUGCAGCCGCUCCUUUUAGCAGCAGGGAGAGAAGCAAAUCCCUUCCCAAGGGUCUUUCAGAUGGGUUAUAGGGUAGAACCAAAGCUUCGGGAGACGGAGGAGGGAUGGCCGGUUGUCCUCGCGCCGUGUUUGCCAACAAGGUGUGGCCACCGUGAUCCAAACUGGUAGCGCAGCUUCUCUACGCUCUGCCCUCCCCUCUGCCGGAUGCUUCGCGGCCACGUCCGCCGCGGGCAGGUGAUGACGGCUGUACCGAUCCCAUCCCAACGCGGGACGGCUCUUCUUGCGCAACCGGCGGGACAGCAGCAGGCUGCUGGGGAGCCAGCGGCCGGGCUACGGGACGCUGCAGCGUGACGCCGAGAAGUCCUGCAUGGAGGUCACGGGCUACCAGACCAAGGCGUGGCGGGUGGCCCUGUGCCACGCUUGCUCCAUGCUGACGGCAGGGCUGCUUCUCGUCCUCUUCCACUGGAAACCAAGCCUGGAGGUACAGGCGAAGUGCAAACCCUGCGCCCUCGGCCAGGCGGACUGGGUCAUCAUCAGGGAUCGAUUCGGACAGUGCUUCACGACCCGCGUGCGCACGGAGCUGCUGGGCGAGGGCAGCAGCCUGGAGCAUCAUCCCGGGGCCAGGCUGGAGGACCGGAGGACGAGCAUCGCCAUUGGCGUGUCGGAUGAGGAGGAAAGCCGGGACACCAUCCGUCUCCAUGAAAAGGAAGAGAAGAACAUCUUGCGCUACUAUCUCUUUGAGGGCAUGCGCUACAUCUGGAUCGAACGGCGGCAGGCGUACUGCAAAGUCAGCGUCUUGGAUGAAGGUUGGACCUGCGCAGAUCUCCACCUCUCCCAGGCUGGGCUUGACCAGCAAGACCACAACACUCGGAGGAAGAUCUACGGACCGAACCUCAUCGAGGUGCCAGUCAAGUCCUACGCGAGGCUCUUGGUGGAGGAGGUGCUGAAUCCCUUCUACGUCUUCCAAGUGUUCAGCAUCGUGCUGUGGGUCUGUGAUGCCUAUUACUACUACGCCGCCUGCAUCUUCCUCAUCUCCACCAUCUCCUUAGGGUUGUCUCUCUAUGAGACAAGGAAGCAAAGUGCCACUCUGCAAAACAUGGCCAAGAUGUCAGUUGGUGUCCGAGUCCAUCGCCCCAGCGGAGAAGAGAUGGUGGUGAGCUCCGCAGACCUGGUGCCGGGCGAUUGCAUCAGCCUCCCCGCGGACGGGAUGCUGGUCCCUUGCGACGCCGCGUUGCUGACGGGCGAGUGCAUGGUCAACGAGAGCAUGCUGACGGGGGAGAGCGUGCCGGUGAUGAAAACCCCUCUGCCGGCCGGCAGCCAGGCAACCGGCACGGUUUAUUCCCCUGAGGAGCACAGGCGGCACACGUUGUUCUGCGGGACACAGGUCAUCCAAGCCAAGUCCUACACGGGCGGAGAAGUGCUGGCCGUGGUGACCCGCACAGGGUUUUGCACAGCCAAAGGGGACCUCAUCAGCUCCAUCCUCUACCCCAAACCUGUGAGCUUCAAGUUCUACAAGGAUGCUGUGAAGUUCGUCCUCUUCCUCGCCAUCCUGGCUUUUAUCGGCACGCUCUACAGCAUCCUCAUCUUGGUUAGAAACCAGGUCCCCGUGGGGCAAAUCAUCAUCCGUGCCCUCGACCUCGUCACCGUCAUUGUGCCCCCGGCUCUCCCAGCUGCGAUGACGGUGGGCACCAUCUAUGCCCAGAACAGGUUGAAGAAGCAGGGCAUCUUCUGCAUCAGCCCCCCGCGCAUCAACCUCUGCGGGAAGAUCCGCCUGGUUUGCUUUGACAAGACGGGAACGCUGACGGAGGAAGGUUUGGAUGUCUGGGGGGUGGUUCCGCUGGAGGGCAACUACUUCAUGCCUAUUGUCCACGAGCCGCGCUGCCUGCCCGCCGGUCCCUUGCUCUACUCCCUGGCCGCCUGCCACGCCGUCUCGCUGCUGCGGGCACAGCCCAUCGGAGACCCCGUGGACCUCAAGAUGAUGGAGUCCACUGGCUGGCGCCUGGAGAUGAUGGAGGAAGAGGAAGGUGAGCUGCCCACCUUCCAGCAGUUUGGGACAAAGGUCUUGGCUGUGAUGAAACCUCCGCCUGAGGAAGAACAGCCGCGAGACAGGAAGCACCAGUGGCCCGUGGGGAUCCUGCGGCGUUUCCCCUUCUCCUCCUCCUUGCAGAGGAUGAGCGUCCUGGUGAAGUUGCCUGGCGACGCCUCAGCCCACGUCUACACCAAGGGCGCCCCGGAGAUGGUGGCCAGCCUCUGCAGGAAGGAAACGGUGCCCGUGGAUUUCUCCCAGAUGCUGCGACACUACACGACGGAUGGGUUCCGGGUCUUGGGUCUGGCUCACAAACCCCUGAGCACCGUGACGACUUUUGAGGAGGCCCUGCAGCUCCAGAGGGACUCUGCAGAGAGCAGCCUGACCUUCUUGGGGUUCCUCGUCAUGAAAAACGUCCUCAAGCCCGAGUCUGCACCCGUGAUUCACCUCCUGCGGAAUGCCAACAUCCGCCCCGUCAUGGUGACAGGAGACAACAUGCUGACGGCCGUGAGCGUGGCCAAGAGCUGCCGCAUGGUGGGGCCAAAAGAGCGGGUGAUCUUCGUCAACGCCUCCCCACCCAACCACGACAAACCCGCCGCGCUGAAAUUCAUCCUGGCCGAGCACUCCCAGGGCGAAGAGCAGCCCGAGGGUCUGCACCAGCGGGACGGCUGCUUCCUCCAGCCACGGCCCUGCCACUUUGCGUUGAACGGCAAAUCCUUCGCUGUGGUUUGCGAGCACUUUGCUGAUCUCCUGCCCAAGAUCCUCAUCCGAGCCACCGUGUUUGCCCGCAUGUCACCCGAGCAGAAGACUCAGCUGGUGUGCAGCCUGCAGGAGCUCAGCUACUGCGUGGGGAUGUGCGGCGAUGGCGCCAACGACUGCGGAGCUCUGAAAGCGGCCGACGUGGGCAUCUCGCUGUCGGAGGCAGAGGCGUCGGUGGCGUCGCCGUUCACCUCCCGCGUGGCCAACAUCGAAUGCGUGCCCACCGUCAUCCGGGAGGGCAGGUGCUCACUGGUCACCUCCUUCGGCGUCUUUAAGUACAUGGCCCUGUACAGCCUGGUGCAGUUCGUGUCUGUCCUGCUGCUCUACACGAUCAACACCAACCUGAGCGACUUCCAGUUCCUUUUCUUUGAUCUCAUCAUCACCACCACUGUGGCCGUGCUGAUGGGUCGGACGGGUCCUGCCCAGGAGCUGGGAGUGGAGCGUCCUCAGGGGGCGUUGAUCAGCGUCCUCGUGCUGGGCAGCCUGCUCCUCCAGACGGCGCUGCUUAUCACCAUGCAAGUCCUCAGCUACUUCAUCACCGUCUCGCAGAGCUGGUACGUGCCGCUGAACAGCACUGUGACGGCUCCCCAAAACCUGCCCAACUACGAGAACACGGUCGUCUUCUGUGUCACGGGCUUCCAGUACCUCAUCUUGGCCGUUGCCAUGUCCAAGGGGUACCCUUUUCGGGAACCUCUUUACACCAAUGUGCUCUUCUUGGUUGUCCUCAUCCUCCUCUUCGGUCUCAUGAUAUGGUUGACCCUCUACCCGCUGGGCUUCCCCAAAACCCUGCUGAAGCUGCAGAGCAUCGACGACUUGAAUUUCAAGCUGCUGCUGCUGGGGAUCGCCACCCUCAACUUCUUCGCCGCUUUCGUGCUGGAGACAGCCCUGGACCACGGCUUGCUCAGCUGCCUCCGCAAGCUGCGCCGAAAGAAAGCAUCCAAGAAGCUUUUCAAGAGGCUGGAGAAGGAGUUGAGCCAGCAGGAGCCGUCCUGGCCGCCCCUUAACGAACCGCUCUUUGCUACACCCAAGAUGUCCAUCGCCGUGAGAUAGCAGGCGCUGGGCUUCCCUCCUGCCUGCUCUGCCGGCAUCGCUGCUGCCCUCGGAUACUGCUCUUUAUUUAUUGAUCCUGGCAAAGCGAAGGGCACGGCAGGCAGCGCGGCUCAUCCUGCGGGGAGACCCUCGGCAUCGCAGCUGUGAAUCCGCAUGUGCCGGCCCCGCAGCCGCGGCCGAGAGGAGGAGAUGCUGGAGGAGCAGAAUGAGGGAAGAGGGUCAAGAAGAGGAGAAACGGUCCAGCUCAGCUCUUCUUCCAUGAUCUCUCCCACUCCAUCCUGGCCUGGGACCCGUCUCCCCACACUGGGCACCGCUGCUGUUUUGGAGGGGGACGACACCUCCUUUUUCCUUUCCUGCCUGGUCAGAAGCACUGAGAAGAGGGUCCUCGAUCUCCUCGUGGUGAGGAUGCUCGCUCGGGCCUCGCGGCUCUGCUCACUGUGAAGAAGUCCCCUCCGCCUCUCCCCGCAGCCACCCUAGAUGUGUAGGAACUGUUUACAAACCCGGCUUGCCAAGGAUGCUCCUCAGUCCCCAAUCCGGCCACGGGCACCCUCUCCCUUGCCAUGCUCCUUCCAGAGCACUUCUGCUUGCAGACAGGACCUUUGUAGCAUUAAAAAAACCAACCCAGAUCUCUUUAUUUUUUAACUCUACUCCAGUGCAUCGAGGUGUAAGCGCGGUCAGGAGAAUGACGUGAGGCUUUCGGUUUGCAUAUGGUGCUGUCAUGAGUGUGGUCUAAU